AUGAUGAUCCACUCGUGUCCUGGUUUCGACAACACUAGAUCGACGAGACCGUUCGGCCCUUCUCUGAGUUGUCAUUCACUUAACCUUCUUAAGAUCUUUCCGAAGAUGUACAUGGUGAUCCGUCUGAAUCGCUUCUGUCGCGCGCCAUAACUAUCUUACGUAUAAGCAACUCCAUAAAAAUGGACAAUCACAACAAUCACUACUUGUACUGAAGCAUCGCGUAUAGAUCUCCGCCCCGCUAACGAUCUUGACCUUCAAUCGCACCACCAACCGCGCGACACAUCAUUGAACUACCGUAACCAACGCAUCUCUGACCAUUCCAUCUCGCCCGGGAUAAUAUUCCAAUCUCAUACAAACAAACACACACCAUACGCUGUUAGCACCAUGAUACACCACCAUCCCUCCUCGGCUUUUUUCAAGAUCGUCAUCCGCACCAUGCGCAACGAUGUCAUAACACAUGCC